AAUUAACUAUAUAUUCAAGAGAAUCUCUCUUUCCUCCGUGAAUGUUAAAUUAAAGUAUUGGGCUUACGCAUUUUACUGUUUGAAUUUGCUUAUUAAUUUGUGCUCUCGAGGAUCGAGUUUAUAAAACAGUAUCGGCCAUGAGUAUUCCAUUUAUAGUUCUGGUUUGUCUCCUACAAUGUUGUUGCUGCUACGUUUCCGGUCUUUAUCACCCCCUAGACCCUCUGAACCCUACUGAAAUUGACCAAAUAAGGCUCAUAAUUCAGAAGUCUAGCCUAGCCUCUCUCCCUAACCUGACCUUUCACUUUGUUGAUCUUGAAGAGCCAGAAAAAGAAGAUGUCCUCAGGUGGCUUUCUUCACGCAAUGAUAGCAAAAAGCCUAAUCGUCAAGCCAAGGUGGUGGUUCGAGCUGGGGGUGAGACACGGGAGCUCAUUUUGGACCUGACCCUUGGCUCAAUUACCUCCGACCAACUCCACACCGGCAAUGGCUACCCUCCUCUAACUUUUACUGAGCUUUUCAAAGCUAGCAAACUGCCUCUACAGUCUCCCGAAUUCAAGGACUCGAUUCUGAGAAGGGGCUUGGAUUUGUCUCAAGUUUCUUGCAUACCUUUUACAGUUGGUUGGUAUGGGGAAGUUGCUACAAGAAGAGCUCUCAAAGUUGCAUGCUUUUAUCGUGAAGGGUCGGUCAAUGUUUUUGCAAGGCCGAUCGAGGGGAUAACCAUGCUUGUUGAUGUUGAUUCCAUGAAGAUUACAACGUUUAAUGACAGAUUCAGAGCACCUGUGCCUAAAGCUGAGGGUACUGAUUUUCAGUCAUCAAAAGGGAAGCCCAAUUCAAACACUCGAGACAACAUCACAAAUGACCCUACUGGCGGGUUCACCAUUGAUGACCACGAGGUUAAAUGGGGUAAAUGGGUUUUCCAUGUGGGAUUCAAUGCUCGAGCAGGUGUUAUCAUAUCAACAGCUUCGAUAUUCGAUGCAAGAAAAAGGGAGUUUCGGCGUGUGCUAUACAGAGGACAUACAUCUGAAACAUUUGUACCAUAUUCUGAUCCAACAAGUGAAUGGUAUUUCAGGACUUUCAUGGACAUCGGUGAAUUCGGGUUCGGACGAUCCGCCGAUACCCUGCAGCCAUCGAUUGAUUGCCCGGAGAAUGCUGCAUAUAUGGAUGGGUAUAUGGUUGGGGCGGAUGGACAGGCACAGAAAGUAACAAGAGCUAUUUGCAUUUUUGAGAGAUAUGGUGGUGAUGUAGCUUGGAGACAUACUGAAAUUAAUGUUCCAGGCAAAGUGAUAAGAAGUGGAGAGCCGGAGAUUAGUUUGGUGGUUAGAAUGAUAGCCACCGUGGGUAAUUAUGAUUAUAUACUCGAUUGGGAAUUCAAACAAAGUGGAAGCAUCAAAGUUGGGGUGGAUCUCACAGGUAUUCCGGAGAUGAAGGCCACGCCGUACAUUAACGUAGAAGAGAUGACAGAAAAUAUGUAUGGAACCUUGGUGGCAGAAAACACGGUGGCCGUAAACCACGACCAUUUUCUGACAUAUUAUCUCGACCUUGACGUUGACGGUAACGACAACUCCUUCGUCAAAGCCAAGUUACGAACAGCAAGAUCAUCAGCGUCGCACGCCGACGCCACCUCACCGAGAAAAAGUUACUGGACUGUGGUUAGAGAAAUUGCCAAAACGGAAGCCGAGGCUAGGGUCCAACUCGGCUUGGAGCCAGCUGAGUUGGGGGUGGUGAAUCCCAAUAAGAAAACAAGGAUCGGGAACGAGGUGGGCUACUGGUUGAUUACCGGACGGCCGGCCAAUUCUCUUUUAUCCGAUGAUGAUUACCCACAGAUCAGAGCGGCUUAUACGAAGUAUCAAGUGUGGGUGACCGCCUAUAACAGGACAGAGAGGUGGGCUGGAGGCUUCUACGCGGAUGGCAGCCGCGGAGAUGAUGGGUUAGCAGUAUGGAGCCAGAGGAAUAGAGGGAUUGAAAACAAAGAUAUUGUCUUGUGGUACACGGUAGGGUUCCAUCACGCUCCAAGCCAAGAAGAUUUCCCAGUGAUGCCAGCAGUUCAUAGUGAAUUUGAGCUACGACCAGCUAAUUAUUUCGAAAGCAACCCAUUACUUUAAAACUACUACUAUUUGUUCAUGCAUGCAUUCAAUCGAUGUAAUAAUGCAUGUUAACGUGCGUACAUGACCAACCCGGCCAUUGUAACUUUUCACUUCAUAUUACAUUACGUACGUACGAUUUUAAAUUCAGAUUCUGUAACUUUCGGUGAAUUAUUUAUUUGUAGAUAGCCAUUUUUUUCAUGUAAAAUAGUCCUAACGAAUGUUGUACUUUGGUUUGGAAAAUGAUAUUUACAAGUAUUUUAAUCAUUA